GUUGGCUGUGAGCAGUAUUUUAUUUCGUACUCGUAAGCCCUGCUCAAAUAAGGGAGGGAGCAAGCGAGCAGACCCCCGCUGAGCGUUGUGCAGUGUGUGAGUCUGUAUUUAACGUAAAGGCAACCUCUCUGUGUCCAGUGAUAAGUAGUAUUGGCCCUGCUAUUAUUCUUAUUAGAAGAAGUUUCGAGAGCUGCUCCAGCCGGUUUCGGGUGCGCCGAAAUCCAUUGCUCCUCUUGCUAUCCAUGAGCUCCACGUUAACGAAAGACACUCGAUAAGAGAACGACUGUUGGGUUCGGUGUUAAUUUAGAUCAGUGUGCGGUGAUUCUCUAAGUGAAGUGUCACAAUUUUUGGAACGUGUAAUCAUCAUGAAAAUUUGGACGUCAGAGCAUACCUUUAACCACCCAUGGGAGGUUGUGACGCAGGCUGCGUGGAGAAAAUAUCCGAAUCCCUUGAACCCUUCAGUGGUAGCGAUUGACAUCGUUGAUCGGAACGUUCACGGAGGCCAGCUGCAUUCUCAUAGGCUCAUCACGACGAAAUGGGGCGUUCCCGCUUGGGCCCGGCCGGUGUUUGGGCGUGAUAAGUUGGGUUAUGCAAGUGAACAUUCUGUUGUCGAUCCUGAGAAAAAGGUCAUGACGAUGAUGUCAAAAAAUUUGAAUUUUAGCAAAGAACUAAAUCUCGUUGAACGCUUAACGUAUACCGAGCAUCCGACCCAGCCUGGCUGUACCUUGAUGACACAGGAGGCCGUUGUGACUAUUCAGGGAGUGCCCCUUAGCAGCCAUCUCGAGAGUUUCAUCGCGGGAUCUAUUUCCAACAAUGCUACAAAGGGCCGGCAAGCAAUGGAACUAGUCAUAUCAAAAAUCAAGGAGGAGAUCGGCGAAUUAAAACACUCUGUCGAUGAUAUUGCAACAGGAGCGAAAAAUGUCGCGUCUCGGGUGGAGGGUCUGGUAACUCUACGGGCAGAAGAACAAGCUCCUCAGCCUCAAGGAUGGUUCUCGUGGUUCCGAGGCUAGGUUUUAGCCAGCUUAGGAUCUUAAAUUAGUACUUAGGUAACAGUAACAAAUAAUUGAGAAGCUAGAUUGGAGCUCGAGUUACCCAAAAAGAGAAAAACACCGCUCCAGAUACAUGUGUGUGGGCCGCAGCAGAAACUAUUCUUCAGUUGUGAGGUACACCGGAGUGAAGCCCUCACGAAAGACCUUUAAAUUAGCGAUGGUUAAAGGUGGAAGAGGACGCGUGAGUAAUUUAAUAGCUGCAGGACAAUGACAGAACAAGACGCAUGGAAUCACGUAGGAAACCUUGUAACAAUAUGAGGAAGGAAAAAAUUCGCAAUAAUGAACUACAAUAAGACACGCAAACACCCUAUACAAUAACAUGGACCGAAUUCGUCGCAUACGUUGGAGGGACACGCAGACGUACUAUGCCCCUCAGGCGCACUCAGAGUUAGGAAUAUUCCAAUUGAUUCCGGGAGGAGUACGUAAGGAUACUUUCGGAAUGGCCAAGGUUUACGAGUUAAUUGUUCGCACAUAAAGAGAAGGGUAAAUAAUUUGAAAAGCGAUUGAAUAUAUGCGGAAACCUAGCCAGAGUAAGGACAGAUUAGAAACGGACAAAAGUGAAAACAAAUAUAUUACGUAUUAAUAGAAAUAAUCUUUAUAAUAUCUUAGAGGAGUACUUGAAUGUGUACGUGUCUAAGUAUGGCUGUUGUUGAAUGAGACGCUUAAGUAAUAGGAGCUUUUACAUACGUUCUGGUCAGUGACAUUUGGGAGAGAAAUAAACACGUGAAAUGUAGAAAAAACUAUACUAUUUGUUCUGCAACAUGAAAAGUGGGAAAAGUAGUAGGGCUGAGACGAUCGUUUUAACAAGCGAAUCUACUUCACUAACGGAGCGCUUUCAUCUUUCAAGCUUCUGGUCGGCUGCUUGCUCAAUUUCUGUAGUGGUAGAUGAAAUCGACUAGCUGUCAAUUGAAGAAACUGCAUGUAUUGACUGAUGAGCACUCCUACCGUCUGGCUUUAUUUCGAGCCAUGCUGUGUGACACCGGCACAGCCUUCACAAUCGUGAUUUUUAGCUUUUAUUCUACUAAGCUGAGCUGAAGCGACAAAAACUCGCUAAUAGCACACCAACGUCUACUAAAUGCAUAAAAAGUAUUGCUUGGUGUUUUCUUGGUAUACUGUGAGAAACAGGAGUAGAAGUCAAAGUGAUUAGAGAUCUGUAGAUCAUUCACAAGGAAAAUACGAAAAAGACGCGUAGUGGUGCCGAGUAUCUGAGCAUGUGUUAGAAUGCGACUUGAACCCUAAGUCGGUUUUAUUAGCGUUUUUUAACAGAUUGCUGUAUAACAACUUGCUAAACAAAUUGUCCAACGAUGGAUGCGAAGGAACAGAUCUCUAACGUUUUCUUUUUUAUCGCUGAAUUUCGUUGGACUGUCCGUUUGUUCAUAUUUCUACAAUUUGUCCUUUUGUUCAUAUUUCUACAAUUAUGAAGUUCAAAAGUUAGCAAUUCAAUAUAAAAUCGCCGAAAUUCAGUGCUUACUAGUAACAUGAAAAGGGCACAUACUCGCUGAACUAAAGUGAUAUUUGUUUUACUCUAUAAGGUUGCCUUUAGCUAACAAAUUACUUAUUGUUCAUUCUUAGAUAUUAUGUUAACAAGCAGCGAAUGUGAGAUGUCGUCCGGAGAGUCCAAUAUUGAUUGAAUGGUUGUCAUUCACAAUCUUCCUGAUAGAAGCGGGAAUAUUAAGACCUUCCUAGAAUUGGAAGCAGUGUAUGAUAUUGCAAAUACUAAGGUGAAAAUCAGUGAUAACCUGAGAGUUUGCAAACGAAGAGGUAUAUAUUUGACAGUGGUGAUGUGCUAGUUAGAUACCUCAUCCUAGUUAUAUUUGACGAGUCAGACCACUGCUGUUUGAUGCUCUGUAUAUUAAUGAUAGAACCGAUUCUGUCGUAUGAUGAUUUAUAUGUAUAUAUCUUCGUAUUAUAAAAUAAACAAACGUGCUGUGUUAUUGGUAUCUUA